AUUUCUUGACUUGCAUAAUUCAAGUGCAAGUAAACCAUUUUUGGUAUAUGUGAACUGUGUUUUUCUCUUUUUCUUUUACUUUCACAAACUCAUUCUCUCUCUCUCUAGCUCCCUCUCUCUCUCUCUCUCUAUAUAUAUAUAUCUCUUGUUGAAUGGAAAUACCCAUUGGAUGUUGGACAGUCGUGACUUUGAAGUCUGGAACAACGCGUCAAGGAUAUUUUUAUACUGUGGAUCCUGAAUCAAAGUCUAUGAUUCUUUAUAAUCAAGGUACUGCCAUUGUUGUCUUGGGUCAUUCUAUUCAAUACUAUCAAUUUGAUAAAGAAAAAACGAUGAAACUUGAAGAAUUGGAGACUGCUUUACAUUGUCAUCAAAAUCAUGUGCCAACCGAUCAACAAUUAGAAGAAAGAAAACGUGGUUUGAUUGAUUAUAUGAAGAAGCAUCAUAUUCCAAUCACGCAUUCAGCAGAUGACCCUGUGAUUCAGGUCUUGGGAUGUGCACGUGUCCAACCACCUUAUGUAUCUACCAGUAUUACCGGCGACAAUAUUAUUCUACGGAAACGCGUACGCGACCUUGUUACUCAGUAUGAUCAAACUAACAUUAAGAAUAUGGAAUGAACUAGUUUGAAUUGAACAAUAACAACAACAACAACAACAAUAUAGUGAUAGAUUACUCUUCUUUGACUAUAGAUUUAUCUCCUU